GGCAUGCGGAUGGCCUGCCCCCGGCGGAUGCCAACGGCAAAUCGGAUCCCUUUUGCAGCGUGCAGCUGGUGGGGAAGCCCUUUUCCAGGUCUUCGACCACCAUCAAAGCCCGGACGCUGGAUCCUGUUUGGAACGAGACGCUGACAGACAAGCACCGCUAC